AUGGCUCAUUUUAUUUUUAAAAGUGCCAUUGGAAAACUUUGUGAAAUUUAUGGGACGAAUGAACAAAUAAUUAAAGACGCAUUGGAAAAAGAUGGCAAUCUUUUAAAUAAAUUGGAAAUUUCACUUAUGAGAAUAACUGAAAAAUUAGAUGGCUAUUUUGACGAAGAUGGUGAUGCCUCAAAUGUUUAUGAUGAGGUUGAUAAUCUCAGUAACAGUAGUAAUAGUAGUAACUAUGUUGAACCACAGGACAAUGAGUUAUAUGAUAGAAAUAAUGGUAUUUUAGAUGAUUAUGGUGAAAAUAAUUUCGCAAUUCUUAAAGAAAGUGCCAUUGGAAAACUUUGUGAAAUUUAUGGGACGAAUGAACAAAUAAUUAAAGACGCAUUGGAAAAAGAUGGCAAUCUUUUAAAUAAAUUGGAAAUUUCACUUAUGAGAAUAACUGAAAAAUUAGAUGGCUAUUUUGACGAAGAUGGUGAUGCCUCAAAUGUUUAUGAUGAGGUUGAUAAUCUCAGUAACAGUAGUAAUAGUAGUAACUAUGUUGAACCACAGGACAAUGAGUUAUAUGAUAGAAAUAAUGGUAUUUUAGAUGAUUAUGGUGAAAAUAAUUUCGCAAUGAGUUAUAACCUUAGAAGGCUACAACAAAUAAAUUACAACAUUGGAAGGCCAUUAUGA